AACGCACAAUAUGCACGACCGGGCCGUUGCUCCGCUUCUACAGAUGGUUAAAGUACCUGAAGCACGAGUAGUCGCAUAUAAAUUAAUUGGAAACACUCACGAGCAAACCACGCCAAUCACGUAUAAUCGCGAAUUUCAAUCAAUGUUUUGUUUCCUGGAUAUUGGAAAGGACGUCGAUCGUAGGUAAUUCGCUCCGUCUUCAUAUUGGGGAAGUGUCUAUUGUCGAUGGAGUGGUAUAUAACGUGGUGGAAGCCUCACAUCACAGUGUAGAAGCUUUUUACCCUUGACUACAUCUUUACCCUCCAACAACAACAAAGCAAGAUAGGCAAGAUGUUCGGAAAGGUCACAAUCCUGAACGCGCUCGUCAGCGCUGUGUCUGCAGGCACAAUUCUCUGGGAUGGUCGCUUCAACGAGAUGACCUCCAGCGCCGACCUCAACAACUGGUCUUGGGCAAACCAAGUCGGCAACUACCAAUACUACAUCCACGGCACCGGUCCAGUAACCAGCUAUGUCAACCUCUCGCCCAACUACAAGAACUCCGGAGACACGAAUUCCAAGCAAGGCGCCAAAAUCACCAUCGACAGCACCGCAAAAUGGAACAGCGAUAUGUGGCGCACAGAGCUCAUCCCGCAGACAAAGGCUGCUAUCAAUUCGGGCACCGUCUACUACCAUUUUUCGAUGAAGAGAUCAACUACAAACGUCCCCAGCGCGACGAACGAACACCAGAUAAACUUCUUCGAAAGCCACUUCACGGAGAUGAAGUACGGAUGGGUAAACGGCGAGUCGGGCGUCAGCAACACCAACCUGCAGUGGAUGGUGGGCGGGCAGAGCAAGUGGAAGGUUGAGCUCCUAGCGGAUGUGUGGCACAAUGUUGCUUAUGAGAUUAACUUCACGUCCCAGCAGGUCACGUUCUGGCACUCGACUGGCAACAACACGCUGACUAAGACUGUUGGGCCUGUUGCUGCUAGCACGUCGUCUAAUGGCGCUGAUUGGCAUCUUGGUGUGCUUCGUCUGCCCCGCCAGGGCAAUGAUGGAACGGGUGCUGAGGAUUGGUACUUUAGUGGUGUGUAUGUUGAGAGUGGAUCGCUUACGACGUCGGUUGUUAGCCCGAAAUAAACAUGGGAUGUUGGGCUGAGGAGUAGAGAGUGCUUGCGGAUACGAAGUAGCUUGUUGUAGUUGC